AUGGAAGAUCACUUAAAUGACAAGACGUUAGCAAUAGAAGUGGACAACUUAACUUACGAAUUUUCCCGUGACAACUCCACCACCACCGCGAAACUCGGGCUCCAGAACAUCAACCUUCAAAUCAGCUGGGGAACAACAAACUUGAUAAUUGGCCCCAACGGCGCCGGCAAGUCGACCCUCUUGCGGAUUUUAGCAGGGAAAACCCUAAUUAGGCGCGGCAAAUUGCGCCUAGGCGGAUUCGACCCCUUUGAAUUCUCGCUCGAUAAACGAUCCCGUCACCAUAAUUCAGACAUCAAUAGCUACAUCACCUACCUCGGCACCGAGUGGAUCACCAAUUCCGUGAUAAAGCGAGAUAUACCAGUGAACCUCUUGCUCUCAUCAAUUGGCGGUGAUGCUUAUGUCGAGAGGAGGAACCUCUUGGUUGAUUUACUCGAUAUUGACCCCGGUUGGCUGAUGAUUAAUUUGUCCGAUGGGGAGCGGCGCAGGGUGCAGAUCGCGAUGGGGUUGAUCAAGCCUUGGAAGUUGCUCUUGUUGGAUGAAGUCACCAUCGACUUGGACGUGGUGGUGCGGCUGAAGUUGUUGUCGUAUUUGAAGUUGGAAUGUGUCGAGCGCAAUUGCUGUGUCGUUUAUGCGACUCAUAUCUUUGAUGGGUUGGGGGAUGAGUGGUGCGAUCGGGUGUUGCAUAUUGACGCGGGGGUGUUGUUGAACGAUGUGAGUAUGAAGGAGAUUGAGUUUGUUGCGGGUGGUGGUACCGAUGAGAAUGUUGAUGUUGAAGUUGGCGAGGGAGAGAUUAAAAUUGGCAAGAGCAAUACUUUACAUCCGCUCGCAUUACAUUGGUUGAAGCAAGAUUUGGAAAGACGCGGUACUAGACAAGACGAAAAGGAAAAAAUGAAACGGAGGCAUAACGAUUGGGUCAAUGCUCGUGAUGGGGAUUAUUUUGAUGCUGGAGACGAUAAAUUGAAGCUGUAUUUCAAGAGUACAAGGAGUCAAAGGUAA